CUCAUGCAUCAAUGGGAAUCGAACCCCUGGCGGGUCAGUAGGACCUACGUAUACUACCUAGUGCAAGAUGGCAAUGACCCAAGUUGCCACUACUCCAUUGAUGCCUAUACUACCCUUCUUCUCCCUCCUCUGUCCUUUCUUCCUUUCCCCAACGUCGUCAUGUUCACCGUCCUCACUGCAUCAUGACCGACCAAAACGAUUCUUCCGCCUAGCGCGCGUCCUUUACCGGUAAACCCUCUUGGGUACAUCCACCAAACCUGGUCUUGAAGCAACUCAUCGACAUCCCCCAACCCUCUGUGAGUACGACAACUUGGAGCAAGGAAUAUUAAUUUGAAUUGUUUGACUGCGAUUUCACAUCCUACGCCAUGUCCAGGACAAUACAUUCAGCUCACAUGCAUAGUUCUCCAAGUUGGAAUUUACUUCCGCGGAACCUUUUCUCGAUGUCCAUCCCUUACGUGGUGAGCUCAAGACAUCGCGUAUUCGAGAGUCAGGGUAAAAGACCGCAACAACACAGCAGGUCAUGGAAAGGCCUAGAGGGACAAGAGUCGGCGUCGUGUUCCUCCCCUUCCCUCGUUGCGGUGUCCCUCCCUACAACCUCCCUUCUCUGGCUCACAACCCCAUGCCCAGCUCCGACGUACGCGCCAAGCAAGCAGACCGCGUCAUCCGAUCCCGCCCGACGAACCGUUGAUUUUUAUCCACCAACCACAACUCAAGCCCCCGUUCAAACGUUCACUAGCGCUAGCAUUACCUACUCCGCAUUGUCAUCCGAGGCAAGCUCCCAACAAGUAGCUCAUUUCCUCAAUCAUCGCCACUGGAUAUCGACAUACAGCCCAGCUCCCCUGGCUGGCAACAACCAGAAUAUCGGGCCUAGGUUCCAAGUGAGGUAUCGAGAACGAGGGCGCGAUUCUGGUGCGGGACGACGUAGACUCCACGCUUCAUACCACGCCCGUAUCUAGGAAUCUGUCUUUGUGCCUGCCCCGUGGGGUAUUCUCAUCCGACGAGUUUUCCUUCCUUGGUGCCCAUCUGAUCUGGGUGCGUACUACUACUACGCAUCACCACUCAAGAACGGCAACAUAGAAGCCACGAGCCAUGGCGCUUCUUCCCAUGCCCAGGCCACGGCGGCGGGUUGGUACGGACAUGUCAGGAGAGACUAUCCCUUGCUGAUAGCCAGUGUCGAUAUCACACCAUUGCUUGGUUUCCCACUCUCGUUACACACCAGUCGCUGUAUAGAGCUAGUAAUUUGUAAAACAAACAUGCUUUAUUCCCUCGGACAAAAUGCGCCGGCCCCCGAGGCCCGACGUUCAAACGUUCAUUGUUCA